AUGAUGUACAAAAGCUCUCUUGAUGAUCGAAGUUUCGCACAUCUAGUGAAACUACGUGAACUUGUUUUAGAUAACUGUAAAAUUGGAAGAUGGCCGCCUGGCGUACUCUCCGGCUUGAGAGACCUCCGAAAUUUAACGAUUCGAACGAAAAACACGGAGUGGGCCGCUAUGAGUUUAGAGAUAGCAUCAGAAAGCUUUACGGCUGUUCGACAGUUGGAAAAGUUGGAUCUCAGUUUUAAUAACAUCUGGUCGUUUCCCGAAAACUUGUUUUGCCCGUUAACUAAUUUAGUGUAUUUGAAUGUAUCUUCAAACCGUCUACAAGAUGUGAGUGAUUUGGGAUUCAGAGAGCGUGCAAUGCAUCAAGCACUGAUUAGUGAACAGGAUGGGCCUCCUCCCUCGGCGCCUUCUAUGUCACAUGCAACCUGCUCAUUAGAUAUUGAAGUACUAGACGCUUCAAGCAAUCACUUUGUGCUAAUGCCAGAAAACGGAUUUAUGGCUCUACGUAGACUCAAAGAACUGCACAUUCACGAUAACGAAAUAUCAAUGGUGGCUGACAAAGCGUUAUCUGGAUUGAAACAGCUGCAGAUAAUUGAUCUUUCAAACAACAAAAUAGUCGCUCUUCCGCAAGAUCUGUUUAAAGAUAGUAGACCGGUCAUCAAAGAAAUAUACUUACAAAACAAUUCUAUAAGUGUGCUUUCACCAAGUCUGUUCGCCAACCUAGAUCAACUAUUAGCGUUGGAUUUAUCUAAUAAUCAUUUAACAAGUACUUGGAUUAAUGAGAAUACUUUCACCGGUCUCAUAAGAAUGGUGUUGUUGAAUUUAUCUAAUAACAGAUUAACUAAACUGGAUCCCAAAAUUUUCAAAGAUUUAUACACUUUACAAAUUCUGAACGUUCAGCAUAACAUGCUGGAGAGUAUUGCAGCUGACACGUUUGCACCAAUGAACAAUCUACAUACGUUGAUAUUAUCUUACAACAAGAUCUCUCACAUCGAUGCUUAUGCCUUAAAUGGUCUGUAUGUGCUGUCAUUACUAUCUAUUGAUAAUAAUCAUCUCGAAGAACUCCACCCUGAAGCAUUCAGAAAUACAUCCUCCCUACAAGAUUUGAAUUUAAAUGGCAAUCGUUUAAAGAAAGUGCCUAUAGCAUUGAGAAAUAUGCGAUUACUAAGAACUCUUGAUCUGGGAGAGAAUCAGAUAACGUCAUUGGAAGAACCCGGCUUCGUUGGUUUGCAUAACGUGUAUGGCCUUCGUCUUAUCGGGAAUAAAAUUGAAAACAUAAGUAAAGACGUGUUUACAGAUUUACCGUCCCUGCAAAUUUUAAAUCUUGCACGUAAUAAAUUGAAGCACAUCGAUACGAAUGCAUUUGAAACACUAUCCACUCUACAGGCUAUCCGGUUAGAUGCUAACCAACUAACGAAUAUUCAAGGCCUAUUUGUAAAUAUUCCAUCGCUUUUGUGGUUAAACGUAUCAGACAACCAAAUAGAAUGGUUUGAUUACACUGUGAUUCCUUCGGGACUUCAGUGGUUGGAUCUUCACAGUAAUAAUAUCAAGGAACUGGGAAACAAUUACCGUAUGGAUAAGGAACUGCGAUUGCAAACACUAGACGCAAGUUUCAAUAAAAUGACAAAAAUAUCAGCAUUCUCAAUUCCCAGCAGUGUGGAGUUGCUGUUUCUGAAUGAUAAUCAAAUUACACAAGUUGAAGCCCAAACUUUUGUUGGAAAAACCAAUUUAACGAGAGUCGAUUUGUAUGCAAAUCAGAUAACUAGUAUGGAUCUCAAUGCGCUUCGUCUAACUCCGGUCGAUCCGGGACGACCGCUACCCGAAUUUUAUAUCGGUGGAAACCCGUUUCAGUGCGAUUGUACUAUGGAGUGGCUUCAACGCAUAAACAAACUGGACCAUCUUAGACAACAUCCACGUGUCAUGGACUUGGAGAGCAUUUACUGCAAAUUGUUAUAUAAUCGUGAAAGGACUUAUAUUCCGCUUAUCGAGGCGGAAUCAUCUCAGUUUUUGUGUACAUAUAAAACUCACUGUUUUACGCUGUGCCAUUGUUGUGAUUUUGACGCUUGUGAUUGUGAAAUGACGUGCCCAUCGAACUGUACGUGUUAUCAUGACCAACCGUGGUCAGCAAAUAUUGUGGACUGUUCUGCUGCUGGGUAUUCGGAAAUACCUAGCAGUAUACCUAUGGACGCUACUGAACUAUAUUUAGACGGUAAUAAUUUUGGUGGUUUAACAAGUCAUGCAUUUAUUGGACGUAAGAACUUAAAAAUAUUAUAUGCUAAUAAUUCUAAUAUUGACGCUCUGUAUAAUAAUACGUUUAGUGGACUAAAACGCUUAACAAUAUUGCAUUUAGAAAAGAACAAUAUAAAAGAGUUGCUAGGUUUCGAACUGUCGCCUCUGGAGAAUUUGCGCGAGUUGCAUCUACAAGACAAUAAAAUACAUUACAUCGAUAAUCGUACCUUCAUGGAGUUGAGGCAUUUAGAAGUGUUGCGCUUAGAAGGCAAUAACAUUUACGGCUUUGCAGUGUGGCAGUUCACGAUGAAUCCAUAUUUGGUUGAGAUAAGUCUCUCGCGGAACCUUUGGUCGUGCGAUUGUCAAUACAUGCAUAAAUUUCGCACUUGGUUCAAAAAUAACCUGGGAAAAGUGGAAGAUGCUUUAAAAAUAACGUGUGUAUUUGACAACGUAACGAACGCUGUGGGACCAUUGAUGGCAGAUUUCAACUCGACAAUAUGCACAAGUCACGUAGGGGGAAGCUCAUCUAUAAUCGAGAAUCAAGUAAUUAAUGAUUAUCUCCCUCUUCUGCUAAUAUCUCUGUGCGUGUUCAUUAUAAGCUCGGCAUUAAUAUGCGGCGUAUUUUAUUGGCGACGCGAGCUGCGAGUCUGGAUUUACUAUCAUUGUGGAUUUAGAAUGUGCUACAAAAGUACAGCCUUCGAUGAUGAAGCCGAUAAAGAUCGCCUUUUUGACGCCUACAUAAGUUAUAGCGUCAAAGAUGAGGCGUUCGUUGCUCAAAUGUUGGCGCCUGGACUAGAAUCCACCGACCCAAGUUUCCGGCUCUGUCUACAUUACCGAGAUUUUAAUGCCUCAGCAUAUGUAGCCGAUACAAUAAUAGAGGCCGUAGAGUCAUCCAAAAGAACGAUAAUAGUCCUAUCAAAAAAUUUCAUUAACAACGAAUGGUGUCGUUUCGAAUUUAAAACGGCACUCCAUGAAGUACUGAAAGAGAGACGAAGAAGACUGAUAAUAAUAUUGCUAGGCGAGCUUCCGAAUAGAGACAUCGAUCCGGAGCUCAGGUUGUGUUUGAAAGCGAACACCUGUAUAGAGUGGGGUGAUAGACAAUUUUGGCAAAAGUUAAGGUUCGCGAUGCCGGACUUACGGAAGUGUCAGUAUCACCGGUCGACAGUGAAUAUUUACGCUUCGGUGUCUCCGGUGGGGGCCGGGCGGGCACCAGCGCCGCCCCCUCCGCCGCCGCCGGGCAAGCUCCCCCCUCUGCUCGGCGACGGGCUGGCCCUGCCGACCAGCGUGCACACGCGCGACGUGCACCCCCACCGCAUGCCGCCGCAAGCGCAGCUCUGGGCGUAG